CUCUGCAACGCCGGAUGUCGGCUGGACAUCAAGAACCGCGAACAGGAAACGCCGCUGCACUGCGCGGCCGCCCGCGGGCACGUCGACAGCGUGCGCACCCUGGUGGCGAGUAAAGCGCAGUUGGACGCGCGCGACAAAGAUGGAUGCACGGCGCUACAUCUCGCGUGCAGACGACAUCAGGAUACCCGUGGCACUCCUCCUGCUCCACUCCGGCUGUCGGGCUAGACUCGCGGACAGCUGGGGGGAGGGGGCGGUGCACAUCGCCGCGCGCGAGGGCCUCCUGCCCGUCGCUCAGACGCUUUGCGCGUUCGGCUGCUGCGUCGACGUCAACAACAAGCAGGGGGCGACACCGCUGCACCUCGCCGCAAAGUUCGGACACACGGAGGUCGUGCGCUGCCUCUGCCUCGCGGCUGCGCCAUCGACUUCAGUAUCAUGUGUAUCGAUCGGUGCUGUCAUAGGCGUCGCCAGUGUGGUGAUCGUCAUCGCGGUGCUGUCAUAG